UAAGUCCACAUUUGUUAUUGGGACCAAUCCGUGCGCGCAUGUCCUUGUGCAACUUGCAGAGUGUGUAUGUGUGAGGGGGCAUCAGUCAACACCGUUGUGCUGCUACAGAUACAUCCAAUCCAGUUCUGACUCCGUGAGUGAGAGAAACAGUUUUGGGAUCUGUAUUGAAUCGGCACAACUCGGACAGGAUUACUUUUUUUCCCCCCUCUGUCUUGAAUCCCCUCAUAGGAUACCUGUAACUUUUUUGGGUUGUCUUUUGAGGACAUUUGAGGUGUGAAAAGUGGCCAGCAUGAAUCAAACUCCAGAUUCAUGAGGGAGGCUUGGCCCAAAACUAGAAGCCCCUUUCAACGGUUUACCUAUUUCGGAGAGAGAAGACUGUUCAUCCACAUCCGAAAGUGGAGCCCAGGAUUAAUGCAUAUACAAGCUUGACAAGGGACAAGAGGAUUCUGGUUACCUGUACAGGCUGGAGUAAACAAGUGAACAGGGCUUGAUUGAGCCUAUGGCACAGGGGAUUGGCAUGGCUCAGACCAGCUUUGUGUCAACUCAUCAUGCAUGCUGGGCCUGAUUGUAGAAAGGAGCCUAUACUAAAGCCGGCAGGAUUGCUGUAACUGUGGGUGUGGGAGAAAAAAAAAAAAUCUAGUCUACGGUUAUGGCUACUGAUCUUGACAAAUUCAACACCCAUUAGGAUUUUUAAUAUUACCUGAGAGAACGCAGGCUUUGUCACUGAGGGGGGAUGCCUAUUCAACAGGCUUAUCUGCCAUGGUAAAGGCAGUGAAGGCAUGAGCCUCUGACAACAGAGGAGGUCAUCGUCCAAACAAGGCUCAGCUCUGCAAAUACUGACCAGUCAGGAUAUCACCAGAAAGCCCUCAGAAAAAAACGUGUCUUUUCAGAAAGGAUAUUCAAAGAAGAAAACCUUGAUUGGAUUUUUCAGUGAUCAGAAAGGAUUUACCACCUCUCAUACAUCAGGGGGCUCUUGAGUGAUUAGACUUCCUGGCAACUCAGCGUCAAGAUGGUACGUCAGUGCAAGGCCUUUACACUCUCCCUCAUCAGGGUGGGACUGCUGCUGGGCCUUGCUAACCCACUGGUGACAUCUGCCUCAUGUCCCUCUGCCUGCCGCUGUGAUGGGACCUUCAUCUACUGUAAUGACCGUGGCCUAACUUCCAUCCCUACUGGUUUACCCCUGGAUGCAACAGUGCUGUACCUACAAAACAAUCGCAUAAAGAGCUCAGGAAUCCCCGCAGAGCUCAGCAGGCUCACAAAUGUGGAAAAGAUCUACCUUUACUGCAACAAUCUAGAUGAGUUCCCCACUAACCUUCCUCUCGGGCUGAAAGAGCUCCAUCUCCAGGAGAACAACAUUCGCAUGAUUACGCACGCAACUUUAGCACAGAUUCCUUAUAUUGAGGAACUUCACCUGGACGACAACUCUGUGUCAGCAGUCAGCAUUGAAGAGGGGGCCUUUAGGGACAGCAAUCACCUAAGAUUGCUUUUCCUCUCUAGGAACCACCUAAGUACCAUCCCCUCAGGCCUACCCAUGAGCAUUGAGGAGUUGCGCUUUGAAGACAACCGAAUCUCAUCCAUUUCUGAACAGUCGCUGCAAGAUCUCAUCAACCUGAAGCGACUAAUAUUGGAUGGAAAUCUGCUCAAUAACCGUGGAAUUGGAGAGAUGGCUUUCAUCAAUCUGAUUAAUCUGACAGAGCUCUCGCUGGUGAGGAACUCCCUGACAUCACCACCAGCUAACCUGCCAGGCACAAGUUUGGAGAAGCUGCAGCUACAAGAUAAUCACAUUAAUAGGGUGCCGCCGGGGGCUUUCGCUUUUCUGAGGCAACUUUACCGCUUGGACCUAUCUGGAAACAACCUGAGCAGCCUCCCACAAGGUGUAUUUGAAGAUCUGGACAAUCUCACACAGCUUUUGCUACGCAACAACCCCUGGCAAUGCACUUGCAGAAUGAAAUGGGUGCGCGACUGGCUCCGGUCAUUACCGACAAAAGUAAAUGUGCGAGGAUUCAUGUGCCAGGGGCCUGAUAAGGUAAAAGGCAUGGCAAUAAAGGACUUAACUACAGACAUGUUUGACUGCACAGAUUUAGAAUUUAUUCCCACGUACGAGACAAGCACAGUCUCCAACACUUUGCGCCCCUCACAGCCACACUGGCCCUCGUUUGUGACUAAAAGGCCUGGAGUAAAGGGACCAAAUUUGGGCAGAAAUUACCAUGGCCCCACCAUGUCAUCAGGCAGAAAGAUCAUCACAAUCAGCGUGAAGUCAAGUAGCGCAGAUACAGUUCACAUAUCCUGGAGGGUAUCGCAGCCCAUGACCGCCCUUCGACUCAGCUGGCUGAAGCUUGGACACAGCCCUGCAUUUGGCUCCAUCACUGAAACAAUUGUACAGGGGGAGAGGACAGAGUACCUGCUCACUGCGCUGGAGCCAGAGUCUUCCUACAGGAUAUGUAUGGUUCCCAUGGAGACCAGCAAUAUCUACCUAGCAGACGAGACGCCCGUGUGCAUAGAGACGGAGACCGGCUCUCAUAAAUCGUAUAACCCAACCACGACUUUAAACCGAGAGCAGGAGAAAGAGCCUUACAAAAAUUCAAGUCUGCCUUUGGCUGCUAUCAUCGGAGGGGCUGUUGCACUUUUGGCAAUAAUCAUGUUGGCGUUGGUGUGCUGGUACGUGCACAGGAACGGCUCACUUUUUUCAAGGAACUGCACCUACAAUAAAGGCCGUCGGAGAAAGGAUGACUAUGCCGAAGCUGGCACUAAGAAGGACAAUUCAAUUCUAGAAAUAAGAGAGACUUCGUUUCAAAUGAUACCAAUAAAUCAGCUUCCGGUGUCCAAGGAGGAGUUUGUGAUACACACGAUUUUUCCACCUAAUGGCCUGAGUUUAUACAAGAGCCCACACAACGAGAACAGUAUCAACAACAGGAGCUACAGAGACAGUGGAAUACCAGAUUCGGACUACUCCCAUUCAUGAUAUUGCACACAGACAUUCAUGACAAGAAUGUGUUGUAAACAGAGUGGCAAGACUUUGACAAAACACUGGAUCUAUCGGACUAAGGGAGCAAUGUUAUGUACAUUUGCCAUAUAAUUUAUAUUUAAGGACAUUUUAUGACAGCUGAGAACGUUCCACCUGCAGGCCCUCACUGAACCAGAGGGUGUAGUACUGCAAUUAUAUUUUAGGGAUUUGUAGUAAUUUGUACUGUAUUUCCUUGGCUUAAAAAAAAAAACAAAAAAAAAAAAGAUCGACCAAUUAAAAAAGAAACUCUGUGUUCUGAGAUAUGAUGACUUGUCAACUGUGAAAGUGGGUUUUAAUUGCUGUGUUGAACAAUCAGACAUUAGAAAACAUUGUAGUACAAGCACAGGUCAUUGUUUUCACUUUGUGGCUGUCUGAAAAACAAAGGCGGAAAUUGUCAAACUAAGGUACAGUUGAUCAAUAAAAUUAAAUCAGACAAGGUGCCCUCUUACGAAAAAGAAACGGCGCCGAGCUGUCUCAUUUACUACUGACAAAGAAUACUGUUCUAGAGUUCAUGAAACAAAUCACUUCAGAUUUUGUGCCAUGCUUUAUUUCACCAAUUUCUUAGGUGUGUACUUUCUGCAAGUUUGAGACACAGCAGAGCGACCAUAGCAGGACUCUUAUUUUAUUAUGAUUAUUAUUUUUUCUGAAGGGGAUUGUAGGCCACAGCACAGGGCAGAUAAAGCACACCAACUUUAAGAGGACUCUUGACUCCUCAAAACAAGAAGACUGGACAGGCUGACACAGGACCCCACACGAUCUCUGUUUGUAUGAGCCAACAAUGGCCAAAUGACAAUGGCGGCAUUCUUUAGUACCGUGUACCCUCCGUCAUUCAAGUCAAAAGGCCAAAAAUACACGAUUGUUCAAAGGAUCACAGUUUUAGCAGUUCCUUAAGAUAACUACGAUUUUGUAUUUUCAAAGUGAACACAUUUUUGUUGCCACAAUUUGAAAUUACCUGUUCUUCAUGUUUAAAAAAAACCAAAGUGCAUUGUAUGCCCUUUGGCCAGUCUUGUAUGUGCCUUGAUCCAAUGCUUAUUUAGCUUUUUAAGGAACCAGUGACUUUUUUCAUACACACUUGAAUAUGAAAAGUAUUGGUCAUAUUACAGAAUAAAAAAAAAUAUGAACAACAA